AUGGUGUCCGCCUUUGGCAAGACCACCCUGGGUCUGACCUACUCGCUGGUGUUUGGUGAGGCGCUGCUGUCCCCCGCAAUCCCCUCGGUGGCUGCGCGCGCGGGCGGCAUCUUCUUCCCCCUCGCCAAGGCGCUGUGCCUUGCGUGCGGCAGUGACCCCGACAAGGGCACCCAGAAGAAGAUGGGGGCUUACGUCAUGAAGACCUGCUUCCAGACCACCACGGUGUCGUCCGCAAUGUGGGGCCCCGGGGGGUGA